UUAUUGUAAACUGUUUGUGUUUGUAGAUGGUUAAGAAUAAUUUACAUAAGAGUAUUAGUAUUUAAGGGCUCAGUCUCCAAGUAAACAUUUUUAGAAACUCCGAUGCUGGCAGUGAAGAGACACAGAGCAACUACAACAGUGGACUCUGAAUAAAAACAGCUACCAGUCCAUUAUGAAGGCAUAUCUCUUUCUCCUAACUUUCAUUGGCAUUGUUCCAGCCACACUAUCUCUUCUGCGACCUGUUGGUCACAAGUAUUAUGUGAUCAAGACUAAAGUGACAUGGCCAGUAGCUCAGAAUUACUGCAGGGAAACAUAUGCUGACAUGGCGACAGUUGAAAGUGCCCUUGACUGGUUAAGACUAAGGGAAGAAGUGGCAAGAGAAGGUCUGACAGACAUUGCCUGGGUUGGUUUGUACAAUGAUAUUGACACCUGGCGCUGGAGCAUUAAUAAUGUCCCACUGAAACAUGGUUAUGUACUUUGGGGCAGUGCACAGCCUGAUAAUACUGGCGGGCAUCAAGCAUGUGGUGUAACUGGACCACUUGGAUACUGGUGGGAUUACUCCUGUGGAAACCUGUAUCCAUUCAUAUGCUACAAUGCUAUUAACAGUUAUGCUGCCAGAUAUGUUGGUGUCACUUCUAAAUUGGACUGGAAUGGAGCUCUGGCUUACUGUAGAAAGUUUCACACAGAUUUGGCUUUUGCACUAACUAUGACAGAUAACAACGCAAUGCAGAGCAUAGCAUUCAAUCAGGGUAUGUCUUGGAUUGGUGCAUUCAGAGACACAUGGAAGUGGUCAGAUGGAGAAAACACGUCGAACAUUCUAUGGUUUUCUGGACAGCCUGAUAAUUACUAUGGCAAUGAAAACUGUGCUGUGCUUGAUAAAGGAAUGUAUCAGGACACAUUAUGUACUGGGCUCAACUAUUUCAUCUGUCAUAUCACUCAUCCAGUGAGGGAAAGGCAAAUCUUGAGACUCCAAGUUAAGUCUGACUUAAGCAUAUUUGAUUCUGAUGUGCAGUCUGCCAUCUUAGAGCUGGUCAAGCAGAAGCUCACUGAAAAUGGCAUGAUGGAGAACACCACAGUGACCUGGAGAGUGAAGUCAAAUGGAGAAAUAUUUCACAAGAAAAAAACAGACCUCUAGACACUACCUGGGUUUAAGCUCUGUUAUAUAUAGAAGCAGAGAAUGUAUUUCAUUACUAAAAUAUCUCUUGAUAAUAAUAUAUAGUUUAUCUCUUGUUGAUUAUAUAUAUAUAUAUAUGUAUGUGUGUGUGUGUGUGUUAUAUUUAACAUUUAGUUAAAAGACUUCCCUAUUUUCAGAAUUAAUCA